AUGAAGGAGGAGGCCAAGAAGACAGACGAGACCACGCCGCUACCCGAGCGUAGCGACGCCGAGAUUCUGGAGCUCGUCAAGCAGGGCAAGCUGCCGCCCUACAUGCUCGAGAAGACGCUGGGCGACAUGGAACGCGCCGUUCGCAUCAGGCGUUUGCUCUUGGAGUCCAAUUUGGCGCGCGACGGGUUCAACAUGCAGCCGCUGCCCUUCGAGCAGUUCGACUACUCCUCCGUGUUUGGCCGCUGCUGCGAGAACGUCAUCGGCUACGUGCCCAUCCCGGUGGGCGUGGCGGGACCCAUGCUGCUCAACGGGGAGAACGUGCAUCUGCCCAUGGCCACCACAGAGGGCUGCCUCGUGGCCAGCACCCAUCGGGGCUGCAAGGCCAUCUCCGUCUCAGGCGGCGCCACCGCCGUAGUGACCACCAACGGCAUGACCCGCGGACCCUGCGUCAGGAUGAAGUCGGCCAAGGAGGCGGCGCAGCUGAAGGCGUGGCUCGAAGAGCCGGAGAACUUUGCGCAGGUGAAGAGCGACUUUGACAGCACGAGCCGCUUCGCCCGCCUUCGUGACAUCAAAGUGGCGAUCGCCGGGCGCAACGCCUACAUCCGAUUCCGGAGCAGCACGGGCGACGCGAUGGGCAUGAACAUGCUCUCCAAGGGCACCGAAAAGGCCCUGGCCUUCAUCCAGCAGGCCUUCCCUGACAUGCUCAUCGUCAGUCUGUCGGGCAACUACUGCACGGACAAGAAGCCGUCGAGCAUGAACUGGAUCGAGGGACGCGGCAAGUCGGUCGUGUGCGAGGCCAUCAUCAAGGGCGACGUCGUGGAGAGCGUUCUCAAGACCACGGUGCGGGCCAUGGUGGAGCUCAACACGCAGAAGAACCUCAUCGGCUCGGCCAUGGCCGGCUCCAUCGGCGGGUUCAACGCGCACGCGGCCAACAUCGUGACGGCCAUCUUCAUCGCCACUGGCCAGGACCCGGCCCAAAACGUCGAGAGCUCCAACUGUCUCACCAUAAUGGAGCCGACCGACGACGGCAACGAUCUGUACAUUUCGUGCACGAUGCCCUCUAUCGAGGUCGGCACCGUGGGCGGCGGAACCCACCUGCCGGCCCAGUCGGCCUGUCUCGACCUCCUCCACGUCAAGGGAGCGUCGGAGGAGAACCCGGGCCGGAAUGCCGAGAAGCUGGCCGAGGUGGUGUGCGCGGGUGUGCUCGCCGGAGAGCUGUCCCUGAUGGCCGCGCUCGCCGCUGGCCACCUGACGCGAAGUCACAUGCAACUGAACCGGGCGAAGUGA